AUGCAUUCCGCCAACGAUAGAGAAGAUAUGAUUACAAAGCCGGACGAUGGAGCAUCUGUGGCCUCUGGAAAACACCAAAGGCUGAGUUGUUGGCAAUCCGGUUGGUUCUAUUUCAAGAUAUCAAUUUGGUUCUUUGGAUCAAGUGUUGUACUUGGUGCCAUGACAUCUAUAGUGUGGCCAUACCAAUUGGUCACAUGUUUUGGAGCAGAGAGAAAGGAAUAUUGGAAUGGAGUGAUUCCUAUAUCAGGUGUGUUUAUCAACUUCAUAAUGACAACGGUCUCAGGAUAUAUGAGCGAUCAUAUUAGGACAAAAUUCGGAAAGAGGCGACCAUUCCUUCUGGCUGGCACCAUAAUAAUGAUCGCCUUCCUCUUUGGUCUGUCAUCCUACAAUGACUCCAAUGCGACAAUCUCUGGAUUCAUACUCAUGGAGGUUGGUUUCUACUUUGGACAAGGUGUGGCUGCCGGUGCAUUCUCUGGAAUCAUUCCAGACCUCGUGCACCUCAGCCAGACGGGAAUGGCCAGUGGCUGGCUGGGAGUGAUGUGGUCGCUCGGCACAUUGAUCGGAGCGAUUGGUGGCGGAGUACUCGUACAGGGCACGACAGAGGAUGCCAUCUACAUCUACUGCUACGGCUUUGUCAUUGCGCUGUUGGCCAUCUCCACGAUCAUCGCGCUAGUCUCCCUCCACGAGGACAAAUGUGAAGACUUCCACUUUGAUGGCAGCGUGACUGGAUUCUUCCGCUCACUCUACCUGCCGUCGCACACCUACUACAACUUCUACUGGAUCAUCUUGACGCGAUUCUUCAAUACGAUGGGCUGCCACAUGAUCAUCAGCUUCUUGUUCUACUUUGCCAUGGACGUUGUGGGCCAGAAAGAGCUGAUCGUGUCGUCCAUCAUCUUGGUCACGCUGAUCCUCUGUUCGAUCCCAUCAUCGAUCGUCGGUGGUCUGAUAGCCGAUCGUUACAACAUCACCAAGGGCAUGGUGUACGCAUCGUCUUGCAUCCAGUUUGUUGCCGUGGCAUGUAUGAUCGCGCUGUCAUUUGGACCGUCAUUCGUCGGAUUGUUGGUGGUCGUCGGCUUCUUUGGCAUAGGCUACGGAUGCUAUCAGUGCGUAGACUGGGCAUUGGCACUGCGCGUGUUGCCGGGCCACACCAUUGCCAAGGACAUGGGCAUCUGGCACGUAUCAUUCAAUGCUCCAAUGGUAUUUGCACCAUUCAUAACGGCCAACAUCUUGGCAUACAUGAAGCUGUCACAUUACACGUACAACCAAUCAUAUGCCGUUGUGUUUGGUGUGGCAUCCAUCUGGUUCAUACUUGCCACUGCAUUCAUAUAUCCUUUGAAGGACACCAGUGUCGACAAGAACAACAACUGUUGUCUAAAGAACAGUCCAAGCAAUAGCAGUAGCAAUGGUGAUCUGGAAGAGAUCCAAAUGAAGUCGAUCUCAACCAAUACUGCAGAG